AUGCCAACGUGUUCACCCUGUGCCUCUAGACAAACGGCCGAGGCCAUGAGCAGAGGCGCUUUGGCUCCAGCCGGUCUGGGGCUCGUGCCAACCAGCCUGGCGCUGCAGAGCAUCGGGAUCGCUGAAUGGCUGCGCGCCAUCCGAAUGGAGCGGUACACAACCAACUUCAUGUGCUACGGUGUGACCAACCUGGGCCUGGCGCUUCAACUAACGCCCAACGACCUGGUCGCCAUGGGACUUCAACACCCGGAGGACCGACAAUUGCUUCGUUUCAACCUGGAGGCAGUGCGAAAGCGGUUGCAAACCGUGUCGGCCAGUCAUUUGGUGCCGUAG